AUGGGGCUCUGGCUGCCGCCGCCCCCGGCGCCGCCCGGCUAGGGCAAUGCGGGCGCCCCCGGCGCGUGGCCCCCGCGGGCACCAUGCGCCCCCUGCUCCGCCGCCUGCUGUUCGCCGUGCUCCUGCAGCUGGCUCCAGCCCAGGCCCCUGUCUCCCAGCCUGAUGUCCCUGGCCACCAGAAGAAAGUGGUGUCAUGGAUAGACGUGUAUGCUCGUGCCACCUGCCAGCCUCGGGAGGUGGUAGUGCCCCUGACUGUGGAGCUCAUGGGUACUGUGGCCAAGCAACUGGUGCCUAGCUGUGUGACUGUGCAGCGCUGUGGUGGCUGCUGCCCUGACGAUGGCCUGGAGUGCGUGCCCACCGGGCAGCACCAAGUCCGAAUGCAGAUCCUCAUGAUCCGGUAUCCAAGCAGUCAGCUGGGGGAGAUGUCCCUGGAAGAACACAGCCAAUGUGAAUGCAGGUGCCAGCCAGGCCCAACUUCUGAACUUGCAGAGUCCAGACCAAAAAAAAAGGAGAGUGCUGUGAAGCCUGACAGGGCUGCCACUCCCCACCACCGUCCCCAGCCCCGCUCUCUUCAGGGCUGGGACUCUGCCCCUGGAGCACCCUCCCCAGCUGACAUCACCCAUCCCACUCCAGCCCCAGGACCCCCUGCCCACGCUGCACCCAGCGCCGCCAGCGCCCUGACCCACGGACCUGCCACUGCCGCUGCCGACGCCGCAGCUUCCUCCGUUGCCAAGGGCGGGGCUUAGAGCUCAACCCACACACCUGCAGGUGCCGGAAGCUUCGAAGGUGACACAUUACCUUUCAGACUCAGUGGGCCACUUGCUUCACAGGCCACACCCCAGUGGGAGAAGAGAAGAGCCUGGGGAGAAUAGCCCAGCCCCAAGUCCUGGAAUCUGCUUUAGGACCUGGGCUUCUCAGAGGGCUUUCCUGCCAUCGUUUGUCUCCCAAGGCUGCCAUCUAACAAAGUUGAUGAGGAGACUUGGCAGGAGCAAGAGGGGUCACAUGCCAGCUUGGGGGGAUGGGGUGUUGUCUCAGUUUUUAACUAACUUGUGCAACUGAUUGUCUUACACCUGGCUCUUGCCUCCCCUAAGAAGACCCCAACCUCUGCAAAUAAUGGGCUUUGAUACAAAAACUGUGACCCCCCACACACACCCUGAUAAAAGAGAUGGAAGGAGCUA